GUACAUGUAGAUCAGCAAUUACAACCAGGAAUUGAUCAGUUUACUUGGAGGGAAAGGGCUAUAAUAGAAGAAGGAGAGAAACAAUGACUUGGUCGACAAUGAUAAUACAUCUGUAUGUGUGCUUCUUUUGACAAUCAGAAGUGUGGAGAUACAGAGUUGACUUCCUAAAAUCUCACCUCAAACAUCCAGGUUAAAGAUGGCAGUGUGGUGAGUCACUAUUGGUGAUGAAACAGAAAGCACUUGUCCAGUAGAAAAUUUGGUAAAACAUUUGAAAUUUUGGUGACCUAAUUUUGAAAAAUUCAUAUCCAGCAUGUUCUGCUGAAGGCAUAUAUAAAAGAUUCCUCUGAUCUUCACCAUGGCAACACCAAUUGGUCAAACCGCUUUCCGUCCUAAAGCACGUACACUCUCUGUUUACAAAAAGAUGGAAGAGGACAAUGCCAGGCUGAUUCUAAAGUACAAAAAAGACCUGGAGACAUACAACAAACAACUAAAACAACAACUACAGGAAUGUAAGGUGGCCCUCCAGCAUGGUUCUGAUCUGGAAAUCUACGACACAGAGUGUGAAGUACAUACAAUACAUCUCCCAGUGAAUCCUGUCCUGGGUACGGCCAGCUUCACACCUAACACAACUCCACAACAUCAUCUACAACUGGCCUUAGGGACAGUUACCACCUCAGGUCAAACAUCAGCUGACCAGGAUCGGUCAGUCUUAGCAUCAGGUGACCAGGAACAAUCCUCUAAACAACAACAAACAGGAGUAAAAGGGAAGAAAGCAGUGAUAAGUAAAACACUACUGUCAGAGACCAAAGUGGUGAAGGAGUGGAAGUCUCCAUGUGACAUUGGGUCUAUAUGUCCCACCACUGAUGGUCAGGUGUGGACCAGGGAUUACAGGAAAACAUUAACUCUCCUUAACAGGGAAGGUAAAGUAGUACAGAAGGUCACACACACGGCUGUCAUCACUGACAUCAGUCUAUCACCCACAACACACACACUGUGGGUCUGUGACGAGGACAACAACAUCAUGGAGCUGGUAUCAGGACGACUUACAAACAAAUUCAGAACCAAGGAGAGACCCUGGUGUAUAUGUGUUACAGCCAGUAACCAUAUCAUUGUGGGGAUGAAGAAACACAUCUGUAAAUUUACUACACAAGGUCAAAUGGUACUCACUACAAUGGCUGUAGGGACUGGGAAACCAUUAGUGUAUACACCAUGCAGGAUGUCAGAGUGUCCAGUAACUCACAAUGUCACAGUGAUUGAUAUCAACAUGGAACGUGACGGUGGUGAUGGAAACAGACGUGUUGUUGUCAUGGAUACUGACUUCCAGGAAGUGUUUGUAUAUAGAGGUGACAUCCCCAGUACAUAUAAACAAACACCACAAACAGGACGUGUAAGAUUUGACCCCAGUGGUGUGGUGUAUGACAGUGUGGGGAACCUCAUCAUAGGGGACUGUGACAACUGUAGGGUCCUACUCCUCAGUGGAGGUGGUGAGUUCCUCAGGAUCAUACACACAGACAGAGUGAGGACAGGGGCUGUAGGUAUAGACAGGGACGAUGUUCUGUGGGUAGUGUUUGGGGAUAACAAUGUAAAACUACUACAGUACAGUGUGUAA